GUAGAACAUCUCCAAGGAAGCUGGAGAGAAGUCCCAGGUGGCACCUUUGUCGUCUUAAGGAAGUUCUGGCGGCAUCUAAGAGUGCUUUACUGCCCCCAGAGUAACUUAGGAAAUGAGUAUAAAUGACUCAGAAAUGAGAGCAACACAGAAAGGAACUGAAUGUAAUUGAGAUGCACUGCAGAAGUCCCCACCAGAACAGCCCCCUGCAAGUACAGAAGAGGAAACCGGACCGUGAGAGGGACUGGAUUGCAGUCAGAGCUGGGCUGGAAUCAGCUCUGCCACUUAACUGGCUGUGUGACGCUGGGUCACCUACAAGACUGCCUACUCCGUUCAGCUAAGAGGAGCCAGAGAGAUUGAGUCUGGACGGUAGAACAAAAGGAAGAAUAUUGAUGGAUGUUAAACCACGGGUUUUAGAGCGUUUGAGAGGCCUGGGGAAGUAACUUGCUCCCCUGCCCCGCGUAGGUAGGUGAAGGCUGUUUCUGAUGCAGCUGAGAAAAAUGCAGAGCAUCAAGAAGGAGCAGGCGGCCCACGAUCCCGGGAGCGCCGUGGACAAGAUGAUGGUGCUUAACUCUGCCUUGACUGAAGUCUCCGAAGACUUGGCGCCCGAAGACCUACUGCUAAAUGAAGGAAGCGUGGGGAAAAGCAAAUCUUCGGCGUGCCGGAGGAAACGGGAAUUCAUCCCCGACGAGAAGAAGGACGCCAUGUACUGGGAAAAGAGGCGGAAGAACAACGAGGCGGCCAAGAGGUCUCGUGAGAAGCGUCGGCUGAACGACCUGGUUUUAGAGAACAAGCUGAUUGCACUGGGGGAGGAAAACGCCACUUUAAAAGCCGAACUGCUUUCCCUGAAAUUGAAGUUUGGUUUGAUUAGCUCGACAGCCUAUGCCCAGGAGAUUCAGAAGCUGAGCAACUCGACGGCUGUGUACUUUCAAGACUACCAGACGUCCAAGGGCAGCGUGGGCGCCUUCGUGGACGAGCACGAGCCCUCGAUGGUGGCCAGCAGCUGCAUUUCGGUCAUUAAGCACUCCCCGCAGAGCUCUCUGUCUGACGCUUCCGAAGUGCUCUCGCUGGAGCACUCGCAGGAGGGCCCCGCGCAGAGCGGCUGCAGAAGUCCUGAAAGCAAGUUCCAGGUCAUCAAGCAGGAGCCCAUGGAGCUGGAGAGCUUCGCCAGGGAGCCGAGAGAUGAGCGGGGUGCCUACCGGGCAGCCCUGUAUCAGACCUACAUGGGGGGGUCGUUUCCUGGUUACGCGCACUCCCCGCCGCUGCUGCAGGCCAACCGGUCCUCCAGCAACUCUCCGAGGACGUCGGAGACUGAUGACGGGGCCGUGGGAAAGUCGUCGGACGGCGAAGACGAGCAGCAGGUCCCCAAGGGCCCGAUCCACUCCCCCGUGGAACUGCAGCGCGCCCACGCCACCGUGGUUAAGGUCCCCGAAGUGAAUUCCUCUGCCCUGCCGCACAAGCUUCGCAUUAAAGCCAAAGCCAUGCAGAUAAAAGUGGAAGCCCUGGAGAACGAGUUUGACGCCGCGCCCAAGCUUCCCUCGCCCCUUGACAUGACGUCCAAGAGACACUUUGAACUCGAGAAGCAUCCUGCCCCCACCCUGGUCCCUUCCUCCCUCACUCCCUUUUCAGUGCAAGUGACGAACAUUCAAGACUGGUCCCUCAAAGCCGAACACUGGCAUCAAAAAGACCUGAACGGCAAAAGCCAGGGCGGUUUCAAAACUGGCGUUGUUGAAGUGAAAGACACUGGGUACGAAGUUUCGGACCCAGAGAACUUGUUUCUGAAGCAGGGGAUCGCACACUUGCCGGCAGAGGUGGUCUCACUCAAGAGACUGAUCGCCACGCACCAGAUCUCUGCUUCGGACUCCGGGUGAAGUUACUACUGAACCGGCUCUGGGCAUCUCGCUGUCUUUGGCAAUAGAUGAGUAUGUUUUGUAUUAGGCUGAGUUUUCACUGGACCUGUGUCAUUUCACUGUAACGUUCACACGUUGUCUGUCGGGUGUCUUUUUGUGCACAAAUUACUAUGAAGAUUAGAUUGUGUUAUCACUCUGCCUUGGGUGUAGUCACAGAGUCCAUUGCAAAGGCUGUAUAUAUGGGACAUUAUUUUUGUUGUUUUCCCAUAAAGUGUGUAAGUUACCAGUUUCAAUAAAGGAUUGGUGACAAACACAGAA